CAAACUUCCAGUUCUUAAAAUGGACAAUGUUUUAGAAGGAGAUGAGACUAAACUGGCAAUUUCAUGGAGCAUUGUAAGGAAUAAGCCAAAGGGAGAAAGCUUGGAGCUCUAUAUCAAAAGACUGAGGCAACAAUUGCAAGAUGAAAAGAAUCACGAAUUGAAAGCAACAUUGCUGGCAGAGAAAGUACUUAAUCAAGAGAAAAGCAAACUGAAAUUGGAAGCUUCUUGCGUUCUCGAGACCUUGCAUCUUCCUAGCAAAGUGCUUCAGAAGGAAAUUGACGAUAUUGAUUUGUACCUGCUUUCUAACAUUUAUGAAUGUCUUCAAGAAAAACGAGCAAGCUCUGAAGGGGUCUCUUUAAAGACGCUGAACUAUGUCUUUGAUGGGAUAUUCCGGUUUUUAAAAUGUUCAGCUGAUCCACAAAUAUCGUCUGCAAAAGACUAUCCAGACGAAUUUUUUGCCAAAAUUAAAAGUCUUUUCGAGGACAUUCUUAUUUUACUAAAAAGAGAUUUAAGGAUGCUCCAAAUUGCGACACGGUUGGCGGACUUGGCACAGUACGUUUUACAUUUAAUUGUCGACACGCAUCGGAUUAUGCAAACAAACGCUACACAGGGAUUUCCUGUUUUGUCGAGAGCAAAGUUUUUGGACUUUUAUAAAUUUUUGGAACAAUCGAUAUUUUUGAAGCUUUCUUCUGCAGCUCCUAACUUGCUUGAGCAGCUUGUACGCCAAGUGGUGUCACAAUUGGAAACGUGCUUUCUUAAUUGCAAGAGUGAGGAUUUCGAAACGCGACUUCUUUAUAGUGAAUGCUUUUUUUCAUUUACAGAAAUAUUUUUUCCGUGUCUCCACUCAUAUGACACUCGUAUUUCGAAGAUUGCAAAUUCUGGUGUGCAAAAGCUGAGAGACCUAAUUCAUCAAGAAGAGUCACAUAUAUCUGAGUCAAGUGACUUAGAAUUUAAUUUUGCAUCUUCUUAUGUUCUGCUGACUGGGCUGAAAGAACUAUUGCCGCCUAACGACCUUUUUGACGAUACCUGAAUUCUGGCAACUGUCUUGUUUUUUUUUUACAUUGUUACAUUGAAAGUGAUGGAAAGCGAAACAAGGCUUAUUUCUUCAUUGUCAAAAUGAGUCUCAGAUUUUUUUAAGUGACUGGGUCAAUGAAUACUGGGUCAAAAGUUCGGUCUUCCUGAAUUUAUUUACAAUUCCUAAAAUAAUCUCAUUGUAAGAUAAUUUUGUUUUAUCGAUUGGAAUCCAAUCUCUUAUUUUUGCUGAAUGCUGAGACACUU